CGCUCUGCCACUACUUUUUGUCCUGGUCUACCUUCGAAAUAUUUUUCGCAAGGCCAAACUCUUUUCACACUCUUGAAGACCACAAGAGAUCCCAAGCAUGGGUACAGGCAAGAAGGAGGCCUCACGUAAAGUGAGGCAGGGUAAGGUUGAUGAUGGCAUGGCCAACGUGCGGAUGAAGGGUGAAAACUUCUACCGCGAUGCCAAGAAGAUCAAGACCUUGAACAUGUUCAAGGAUGGCAAGGCUCGACGCAACGCCGCUGGUGAAAUCACCGUUUCCGCCUCCUACCAGUCUCGUGAUGCCCCCGUUGCUCGUAUUGAGCCCAACCGGAAAUGGUUUGGUAACACUCGGGUUAUCUCCCAGGAGGCCUUGACUUCCUUCCGCGAGGCUGUCGCUGAGCGUGCUUCCGACCCGUACCAGGUGUUGCUGAAGACCAACAAGCUCCCCAUGAGUUUGAUCCACGACAACAAGGGCGUGAACGGCCUGAAGCAGCAUCAGGCUAAGAUGGAGAUCGAGAACAACCCGUUCGGCGAUACAUUUGGCCCCAAGGCUCAACGCAAGCGUGUCAAGCUGGGUGUUGCUUCCCUAGAAGACCUCGCCGGCGAAACCGCCAAGUUGCACGACUCGUACCUCGAGAAGACGGACCAAGGCACCCAUGAUGAUGGUACCCCCAUCGUCGCCAGUGAUGUCGGUGCUAUUGAAGAUACCACCUUUACCACUGCUCGUGAGGCUGUCUUCUCCAAGGGUCAGAGUAAGCGUAUCUGGAACGAGCUGUACAAGGUCAUCGACUCGUCUGAUGUUGUGAUUCAUGUCCUGGAUGCCCGUGAUCCCGUUGGCACUCGAUGCCGAAGUGUUGAAAAAUACAUUAGCGAGGAAGCACCCCACAAGCAUCUGAUCUUUGUCUUGAACAAGACCGAUCUGGUUCCUACCGGUGUUGCUGCUUCUUGGGUCCGUCAUCUGUCCAAGGACUACCCGACGCUUGCGUUCCACGCAAAUAUCAACAACUCCUUUGGUAAGGGUUCUUUGAUCCAGCUUCUCCGCCAGUUCUCGGCUCUGCAUUCAGACCGUAAGCAAAUCUCCGUUGGUUUGAUUGGAUACCCCAACACGGGCAAGUCCUCUAUCAUCAACACUCUUCGCAAGAAGAAGGUCUGCACGGUCGCUCCUAUUCCGGGUGAGACCAAGGUGUGGCAGUAUGUCACUCUGAUGAAGCGCAUCUACCUCAUCGACUGCCCUGGUGUGGUCCCACCCAACCAGAACGACACCGAGGAGGAUAUUCUCCUGCGUGGUGUCUGCCGUGUGGAAAACGUGGAGAACCCUGAGCAAUACAUUCCCGCUGUCCUGCGUCGUGUCCAGCCCCGUCAUCUGGAGCGCACUUAUGGCAUAAAGGAGCCUGAGGAUGCCAUUGACUUCCUCAGCCGACUUGCUCGCAAGGGUGGUCGUCUGUUGAGAGGAGGCGAGCCUGACUUGGACGGUGUGGCGAAGAUGGUGAUCAACGAUUUCCUUCGCGGAAAGAUCCCUUGGUUCACUCCUCCUCCCAAGGGACCCGGUGCCGACAAUGAGAAGGUCGAGGGUAUCGAGGGUCGCGAGGGCCGCCUGGGCGAGAUGGGUCGCAAGCGCAAGCUGGACGAGGCUACAUCGGAGCCCGUUGAUGAAGCUGCUGAGUCUUCCGAGUCCAAGGCCGACGGUGAAUUCGAAGGCUUCGACAAUGACGAUGAUGACAAUGAUUCUAUCGCGAACCUCGAGAUCAGUGAUGUCGAGAGCGGCGAGGAGGACUGAAGGGACAAUGGGUUUCGGUUCAUCAUUGAACCAGCCAUUGACCGCGUGUCUACUGAAAAAUCAAAUGCUCUGCGCUGCCUCUAUGAAUGACAAGAGGAUUCAGUCGCCGAUGCGCGCUUCCAGCGGCCCCCCCAAGCUGAGCGGUGUCGUGAACCUACCAGGUACCUCCCCAUGCUUUGGGAACCUGGAAAGCCACGCUUCCUUCCGCGUUAUAUACCGGACGGCAUGAUCAAGCUGACUUACCAGCGCAGCCCAAAUGGCCAGUAUGCAUGAAAAUGCAGGUUUGGCUCAGAUCUCGCCACGGCCUAGCCCCAUAGCCAGGGCGCUUACGACUUGAGAUACCCACGAUUUUGAAAGAAGUCGAAUAAAAGAUUCAUUUUUUUUUCACCGCAUUUCUUCUCAAUUGUACACAGGUGUAGAUUGUGCGUUGUAUAUACCCACAAGUAAAAGAAC